UUUAAUUAUAAAAUUAUAGUAUAUAAUAUUAUAUUUAAGUUUUAUUAUUAUUUUAUGCAAUUUAUAAUUACUAUGUAUUAUUAUUAUUAAAUUUUAAAUUUUUUUAAUAUGUAGUGUCGAACUAAAAAAAUAAGAAAUCAAUAAGGGGAAGAAAUACAUAAAAAGACCAUCACAUCAAGAGCUUUUCACUAUUACACCACAACAAGCUGAGAGAAAAUAUUUCAUUUCCUUCCUUAUGGCUCCUUCACGAACUGAAAAAACGUUAAUGGCGAAGGACCAAGUCGACAGUAAUAAGCUUCACAUAGCCAUGUUCCCAUGGCUGGCCUUCGGUCACAUACUUCCCUACCUAGAGCUUGCCAAGCUAUUUGCGCAAAAGGGUCACCAAAUCUCUUUCAUAUCAACCCCAAGAAACAUCCAACGACUUCCAAAGCUCCCUCCAGAUCUAUCACCAUUCAUAAACUUGAUCAAUCUUCCAUUACCAUCAUCAUCAGUGUUGAAUCUCCCAAACGACGCCGAAGCAACCUCAGAUAUGUCCAGAGAACAAAUCCCAAUCCUAAAAAGAGCCUACGACAGUCUCCAAGCUUCGCUUUCCGACCUUCUGCAGUCUUCAAAACCAGAUUGGCUCCUUUUUGAUUUCGCAGCUUAUUGGGUACCAGAUAUGGCAAGGGAAAUCAACCUACGAAGCGCCCACUUUAGUAUAAUAAACGCUGCUGCUCUAGCAUAUGUCGGCGUAGAGAUCCCUGAUAGUCGCACCGAGCCUGAGCAUUUCAUGGUCCCGCCAAAGUGGGUCCCCUUUCCCUCAAAAAUUACGCUUCGGAGGUUUGAGGUAUCCAAAAUCUUCAACGACUUGAGUGGCGGCGACGGAGACGUUUCGGUCGUCUACCGCAUUGCUAAAUCGCUCAGAGGUUGCGACGUGGUGGCCGUGAGAAGUUGUAGGGAAUUGGAGUCAGAGUGGUUAAACCUCAUGGCACAUAUUCUCGGAAAACCAGUUCUCCCCAUCGGUCAACUUCCACCGACACCAUACGCCGGAGAAGUCAACGACAGCUGGAGCACAGCAAAGGAGUGGCUUGAUCUCCAACCGAAACGCUCUGUUGUAUACGUAGCGUUUGGGAGUGAGGUUGUACUGAGCCAAGAUGAACUCAAUGAGAUGGCUCUGGGGUUAGAGCUUUCUGGUUUUCCAUUUUUCUGGGUGCUAAGGGGGCAUUCAGUGGAGCUUCCAACGGGGUUCGAGGAUCGAACAAGAGAACGUGGAAUAGUGUGGAGGAGUUGGGCUCCUCAGCUGAAGAUUUUGGGUCAUGAAUCGAUCGGGGGAUUCUUGACUCACUCCGGGUGGAGUUCGGUGGUGGAAGCUCUUAAGUUUGGGAUACCCCUUUUGCUAUUGACCUUCACAAACGACCAAGGUUUGAAUGCCAGGCUUUUGGAGGACAAAAUGAUUGGAUUUUCCGUUCCAAGAGAUGAAAUCGACGGAUCCUUUACCAGAGAAUCAAUGGCCAAAUCGUUGAAGGCAGUGAUGGUUGAAGAAGAAGGGGAGGUUUAUAGAGAGAAGGCGAAGGAAAUGAGUCCCAUAUUUGGAGACAUGGGAGUGCAGAACAAGUAUGUUGAUGAGUUUCUCCAUUACCUAAACACUCAUUGAAUUGGGCAUAUGUACGAUCUAUAAUAUUGAUUUAUAAAUGAAUAUAUUAUUCAAAAAAAUAAAAAAUAAAAAAUAAUAAACACAUUAUUAUAUCUAAUAUAUGUAUAAUGUAUGUGUGUUUAUUAAAAUUAUUAUUUAAGCACUUGUAUGCUAUUUAGAUCCAGAUGGAUGUGCUAUUUUAAAAUUUUCUAAACACGUAAAUAAUGAUGAUGAACUUACUUAAGUAUAAUGAUUUAUAGUUAAGUGGCUUAAAUUAAUUCCUAAAAACUAUAACAUAAUUAAUCAUUUUUUAUAAUUAAUUUUAAAUAUU